AUGGUCAUGGAAGGGUUCUGUCGGAUGAUCGCUACAGCUGAAGAAAAUGGUUGUUUAUCUGGAUUUAAGGUCACUCUGGAUGGACCUGUUGUUUCGCAAUUGCUUUUUGCUGACGACACUUUACUCUUUAGCGCAGAUAAGUAUCAAAGUUUACAUACUAUUAGGGAAAUUUUAACCUGUUUUGAGUUGGUGUCGGGACUAAGUAUAAAUCUGACGAAAAGUACAGCAAUUAGUAUUGGAGAUACUAAACAUGACGAGUUUGUGGAAGAUGUUCUCGGUUGUACACUCGAAGAUUUGCCUUUCAAGUAUUUGGGAAUGCCAGCAGGGGCUCAAUAUAGGUGCAAGAAGAUUUGGGACAUGGUAGUGGAGAGUGUGGAGAAAAGAUUAGAAGGCUGGAAAAGAAGGUAUCUCUCGUAUGGUGGUAGAUUGGUACUUAUUAAGAUCUACUUGAUGUCUGCCUUCACAAUUCCUCCUCCCGUAGCAAAGAAGAUCGAAAGAGCAAUGAGAACUUUUCUUUGGGGAACGAAAGAUGGUAGAAAUAGAACUGCACUGGUGGCAUGGCACAAA